AUGGGCAGGAGAGAUCAGCAUACGCCGGUAAAUUGUACUAACACGGCCAUCUCGUGCGUUGUACUACUCCUGGGGCGCAGUCAAACAGACAAUGAGGUCCUCUCUCCGUCUGCCAAACGGCUGAACUCAGAACCGGUGUCAUUGGACGAAGGGAAGAGCCCGCCACGCCAACGGGCGAAGAGUCUGGGACGAUCCAUGAUUGACAAGAUCACCAACAAGGACAGGGACAGAGACAGGCCGCAUAGCACCUCACACGAGCGGACCAGAGACAGGCACGCGUCCACUACACUCGGCGAUGCAGAGACCAUGUCUACAGCGUCUGUGCUAAGCCAUCGCAAUACCUCAGGGGACAAGUUGCAUGUCCACACCAGCACAACUAACCGAGAUCUCAGCGCACCUCCCAAGUUACCCGAUCCCAAUUCAGUCUAUACGCCGCCUGUCAGGAUAUCCCACACAACUGACAUGCCCAAUGACACCACCGAUGACACCGCCUACUUUGUUUGGAUGAGAAUCAUCAAGGCCAAGAAUCUCCCCA